AUGGACUACCGUGACAAGCUGGUGCUCGCGCCCAUGGUCCGCGUGGGCACGUUGCCAUUUAGGCUACUGGCUGCUGAAUAUGGUGCUGAUAUUACUUAUGGAGAAGAAAUUAUUGAUCACAAAUUGUUGAAGUGUGAGCGUGUUACAAAUGAAUCUCUUGGGACUACUGAUUUUGUGGAGAAAGGGACUGACAGUGUAGUUUUCCGUACAUGCCCACAAGAAAGGGGUAGGGUUGUAUUCCAAAUGGGCACAUCAAAUGCUGUGAGGGCACUUAAAGCUGCUCAGCUUGUGUGCCAGGAUGUUUCUGCUAUAGAUAUCAACAUGGGCUGUCCAAAGUCUUUUUCGCUUAGUGGAGGGAUGGGUGCUGCAUUACUCUCCAAGCCUGAGCUUAUACAUGAUAUUUUGACAACAUUGCGGAGGAACUUGGACACAACAGUGACAUGUAAAAUCCGUCUUCUGAACACACCUAAAGACACUGUGGAGUUGGCACGCCGGAUUGAGAAAACUGGUGUUCCUGCUCUUGCUGUCCACGGAAGAAAGAUUAAAGAUAGACCAAGAGAUCCCGCCAAGUGGGAUGAGAUAGCCGAUGUUGUGUCAGCGCUGUCAAUUCCUGUUAUAGCUAAUGGAGAUGUCUUUGAGUAUGAGGAUUUUAAGAGAAUUAAAGAUGCUACAGGUGCUGCUUCUAUUAUGGUUGCUAGAGGUGCCAUGUGGAAUGCCUCUAUCUUUUGUGCCAAAGGAAAAACACCUUGGGAGGAUGUCAAGAGAGAGUAUGUGAGAAAGAGCAUAUUGUGGGACAACGAUGUGAAGAGCACGAAACAUACCUUGAAAGAAAUGAUAAUGCACUAUUCUUGCCUUGAACUUCCUGAGGGGAAAGGUGUUAUAAAGUGUGAUACAUCAGAAGAUGUAGCGAGACUAUAUGGGGAGGAGGACUACUAUAAUUUUGUUGUUUCAAAUAGGAAAUGA